AUGACGGACAGCAUUAUGAGUAAAGCUGCCACAAUGGAGAUUCCCAUUAACAGUAACGGUGACACAGGAACACUACCAGAGGAUGACAGCCUUGAACAGGUGGGUGAUAGCUACUGACAGGCUACAGGAUGUAACCAUAUGAUACCACCCUGUGUAAAAGUUGUAUUUCAAGCUAUUAAACAAGAGAACAAAUGCAAAAAAGUAGAGUGAUACACUUUUUUAAGAACUUCCUUUUCAGUGAUAUCUUAGUUGUUACCUUAUUAAUGAAAAGCCCUCUGUGCUGCAAGACCUUUGUUUGUCCUUGACAUUUAUUUUUCAGCUUAGUGACUGAUCUUCUUAAGUCAGCCUUAUGGGAUUUUCCACCUUUAUUUGUCUACAAUUACUCUCAUAAAGCCUCUAAUUUGUGUUGGUUUUGAAUAUAUAUUAUCAUUUUAUUACAUGUGCGUGUCUUUGUUUUGACAGUUCUUUAACAAACAUUAGUAUUCCUUUCUUAUUGUGGGUCCUCCCAUUGAACAUUUUAACUGUAGUUUGAUCAGUCAUGCAGUAUUACAUUUAAAGGUCAUAUAAUUCACAUAAGAGCCCACAAAGAAAACAACACACACAAACUGGAGCCAAAAGAUGCCAUUAUGUGUUAUAUAAUUAAGACUAGCUAAUUAUGGUGUUAUUAAGGAUGUUUCACUACAUAAGAAAGAACCGCUAUCUGUUGAUUUGUCCUUUGAAGUUGUCCUUUGAAACGAUCAUCCACUCAUGUUCAAUCUUGGUGGUCUUCUGAGGACUUGAGGGUCUUGAUGAGGCCUUGAGUAGACCUGUUUACAGCUACUGCACAGAUUCUUCUCGGUUUAACCCUCACAUUCUGUUGGGGUCAAAUGACCUUUCCUGGAAUGGCCCAAAAUACAUAAGAUUAAUUUAAAAAUAUUCAUGUGUAUUUUUGUAUAUGUGCUACACAUUUUUCCCCUCUGAGGCUAUUACAGGUCAAAUUUGAAAUAGAUAUUCUUCUCCAAAAUACGUAUUUCACCAAAACCGAGUGGUGUUAAGACUGAAAAAAUACACUUUCACUGCUCUUUGAAACAUUAAGGAAGGACUAAUCAAUAUUUUUUUUGUAGCAUAGGUCAUUCAAACAUUAUAAACAGGUCUGGGGUUAGAACUUUGGUGAAAAUACUUGCGACAUGGGCUAAUUUCUGGGCUGUGUCAAUUUUGACCUGGAUACUACAUACUGUGAGGGUACAGGAUUCGAACAGCAUGUGAGGGAUAAACAGAGAUGCAGCCUGUUUAAAUGAAGCAACACAUAUUCCUAGUCUUUUCUCACUCUCGAGUAUAUAUGUUUUUUUUGCUCAGGACAAAGUUAUCAGUCACCAGCUGUUUUUAAAUUUCUGUGGAUUUGAAUAUUUGUUCUGCCUGGAGGAAACUUUUAUUUCACGGUGUUGUGAUCGUCAGAGGUCUUACGUGGCCACCUUGUUACAGCUGCAGGGAGAUUUCCUCCUGGGAAUUCAGGUGUAGGAGGCCAGCUGUCUCCUUGGGAACCAGUUGUUCCAAACAGUGCUCUGGUGUAUUUCAUUAACCUUAACAGAGCUGUGUGUUGGGCUGAAAUGCUGAGCUCUCAGUUAAGCUGCUGCCCUUCAGGUGUGCUUCUCUACUGAAGCGCGUUUUUAAAGGCAGAAGAUAUUUUGUUUAAUGGGGGGGUGGGUAACAUUUUAGGUGCUGAGUAAACUGGGUGAAACAGGUUCUUGCGUCCUAAGGCACACCUUGUUGGACAAACAGACUGAAGAUCCUGGAAGGAGCCCUGGCAGUUUAUGUGCUAUUUACUCACCAAACUAUGAGUGGCUCUCUCCCUGUAGUAAAAGACAACCCUGCCCUCUCACAAAGCUGUCAAGGAGAAACAAGGGUUGAUGCUUCCUCUGUUUUAAGUGUUCAUGUAUGAGGAGUGUUUAUCUGCACUGUGUAGAGCUGGAUAUUAACCAGUUGUCAUGGCAACCCCACAAUUAAUCUGAAACUGGCGCUGCUUUGUCCUUGGGUGAAAGCCCUGUGAAUCAGAUUGGUAUCUGCUGAGCAGUGCCGUGAGUUAAAGCUGCAGCAGCCUGUGUCAGUUGAUGUACGGCUGAUGACUGGCAGGUCAAGAAAGAGCAGAAAUCUUGUUUAAGAUGUCGAAGCAUUGCUCUUGAGUCAGAACAGGGAUAGUAAGAGGCAGCAGGAGGGUGACAGACGAAAGACUGACUGCCAGCAGCAUCUUGGCGAAGACCAAAUGCCUCACACUGGUUUUUUGAUGACAACUUAGUCAUUCAGCAGCGUUUCAAGAUGCUCAUGUGGUUAUUAACAGUUUCUCUGACUGGAUUUUUGGUGCUUCUCACUCAGAGACAUCCCAGUUGUAAUUUUGCAAUUACAAAAGUUCCCCUUUAUUUGGUAAAAUAGUAGUUGUAUCCUUUUAAAAGCUAAACCUCAGCCUCCCAACUUCUACCUUUUUGUGCAUAAAUGAGAACAACUUUUUUUAUAAGCCUCUUACUCUUCACAGCUAAGAUUUGACAGGCACAUUAUUUUCUGAAGACUUAAAGGUGCUGUAGUUUGCUUUAUCUCCGGGAACAGGCACUGUGUCAACAAAGUAUCCAGGGAGGGAUCAGUGUCUGCGUCACUCUUCUCCCACGUCGAGCAGAUGCCACAACACAAGGCAGAAGUUAAAUAUAGACUGAAGGAAGUAGGAAAUGUCGUUUAACAGGCAGUGUCCUUUUCUUUUCAGUUCCUGUUUGGUGAAAAAAUCACUCUAUGCAUCAUGAUAGACAGCAGGAGAAACGUGCUCUGCCCAUGACGGAGGGCACUUGUCUUUUUGGUGACAAAUUAUGAUGAAUAAACACGACCUGAAGGAACUGCUCAGACAGAGAAUUGUCUUUAUCUGUCAGUUUUGGUGUUUGUGUGGAUGUUUUUGUGUUUGUGUACACCAGUCCCCUCCUUCAUGUUGAUGUUAUUUUUUAUGUCUUACAAGAUCAAACAUUUAUUUUCAUGUUGAAUCAGCAUCAACCUCUUUCUUUGUGCAGACAGUGAUAGAGUCAUAUCACAGUGAAAGCUCUGGGUACACAUCAAAGAUGCGGACCUAUUGAUCCACUUGACUUAUAAUGACCUGACCCGCUGUGAUAUCAGUCUUCACUGCUUCUCCAUCCAACAUCUCUGCUGUGUGUGGAUACGACAAUGAUGUCUCUGGGAAUUCUUUUGCAUCAUUCUACCCCGUUUCAUGAUUUCAGUCAUGGAUUUUUUUUUCUUGUUGUCUCCUUUUCUUUUUUUCUUUUUUUUAUUUGUUCCUUUUUUUUGUUUUUUUGUUUUUGUGUUUGUCGAUUUCCCCCCUCCUCCAUUUCUGUGCAGGCUGCAAAACUGCAGUGGAGCUUAGAUGAGAAGGUAGGGAGCUCCAGAGGCACCAGGGUGAGCAGGCCAUUUGUGCUUUGUGUAUGUAUGUGUAUGUUAGUGUCUAGUGCUGCUCAGUGGUUUGACCGUACACUAUGUGGCAUUAAAUCACAUUUUAUCACUUUGCGGAUACUGUGAAGAAUUAGACACUUAAUCGUAAAGGCAAACCACUGUGCUGCAUGAGUCGUGCUCUCUGUUAACUUGGCUCCUACUAACUUUCCAUUGAAGGAGUCUCUCUUACCCACAAAGUUUUGGAGAUUUCCUUCAGAUAGUUUACUUUGAGCAGUGCUAACAAAGUAGCAGAUGGCUCACACUUAGGUCCUAGUGGGUGUUGAGUCGUAAUAACACUGUGUCAUACUAAUCAUUAUUGUCUAAUGCAUUCACAUGCAGAUUUUCACCCCUGAAUUUGCUGUAUAACCUCCAGCAGUGUAAAUCACCAUUAUAUUCCUAUUUCCUCUUUCCAAGUGUCAAAGCCGUCUCUGUUUGCUCAAACAAAGGAAAUAGCUCCCUCCCUUUCAAAGCGUAAAGUUUCCUUAUCACAUUCUUAAGAGGAGUCCAAGCCCAAAGUUUCAGGAAGCUGAAUAUCAUGCUGCUGUUUACAUUUUACAAUGGGUGAUACAGAUCUUUUGCUGAGAGUCCAGCAACUGUGUAAGCUGCUCGCCUUAAAUGAAACAAGAGGCUUUUUCACGGCACAGACAGGAGUCGAAUUCAAGCCUGUCUGGUGUAGGAACACAUACGGUUUGCCAAAGUAAAAUCUAUUCAGGCCAGGUUUCCCUCUCGAUUAAUUCCUUACUUAUGUUUUUUUUCCCCCUUUUUCUUACCUCACUGAUCCUCGAGCAGGAAGGCAAACAUGAGUGAAUUGAAUUAAGGAAAACACAUAAAAUAGAUGGAGUGCCUUGCAACUUAGUUCCCCUCGCUGUUCAGAGCUUGACUUCAGCCUCUGUUCAUUGUGGCAGGGAAGAGUUUGCUCAAGCAUUUCCUCCUGCACAGAUCAGAAGAAGUCACUGUUUGGGUUAGGCUUCAGGCUGGUAGCAGCUGUGCUGUUGUAGUUCCUUUCAAUGAACCCCACCAUGGCAGGAGACUCAGUUGUAGGUUUCUUAUUAACUGGCUCUUUACUGCUGUGUUUGCCGUGUAGUUCCCCGUCAGCAUCCAGAUAAGAGGAGGUUGUAGUCAAAUCGUGGACACUAACCCUCCUAACAUAGCAGUGUUUGUCUCCCUCUACUGACUAGACUUUAACCUACAUCGUCUGAAUUUAACACCAAAGUGAUAAUCUCACUUGUCUACUACAUCUCCAACAAAAGUCCUCCCUUCCUCCCUUUGUUUUUGUUCCUUUUUUAUUGUUUCUGCACUUUAACUUUGCAGGACUUACAGCAGGUGAUGGUAUCAGGUCCCAAUCUCAACGAGACUAGCAUUGUAUCAGGUGGUUAUGGAGGAACAGCAGAAGGAAUCAUCCCCACCAGCUCAAUCAAAGGUACAGUCCCAUUUUCUCCACCGUCACUGUUCUGUUUUGACUUCUGGUGCCUCAAUAAUUUUCCCCACCAGAUUGUGGAGGAGUUAAUUUGCUGUGGUUGGGAGUCUAAUUUGCACUGAUUAAUACAAAUCCUGGUCCUCUACUGUAUCUAAAAAUAUUCUCAAGUCGUCUGUAUUCCCCAGUGAUGAUGUUUUUAUCUGAAGACAUGGAAGAAAACAGGGUUGCAGAGUGAACUCGAGUGGUUUCAAAAACCAUUCAGGGGCUGUUGAGUGCUUAUUCUUGUGGAGAUAAUAUAACUGGAUUAAUUCCCACACUGCAUCUUCUGUUUUGAGUUAUUUCUUCAUCUUUGUUUGAUGAUGACAGCAGAAGACACAAAAAGUAACGAGAGAGAGGGGAUGGUGUACAAUAAAGAACCUGUGUUGAAAACAAACCUGAGCUUUUCCUGGAUGAGCCUCCAAAAAUAUCUUAAAAAAGCAACACUCACCACUACAGUGAAGACUAGGCUUCAUGGAAAUAUUGUGUUUUGGGCUGUUUAACACACUGAUGAUUAUCCAAACUCACUGUGUUGCUCUUAACUCUACAGAAGGACAAGUUUGGUGUCAGAGCCUCAGAUUAAUCUGUGCAGUUCCCAUCAAAGCAAUGAAAUGAAGAAUAAGAAAUUGAGUUCUUACAUGCUGUCUGAAGUUGAAGCUGUAUCAUCUCAUUUAAGGCAUUGACUUCAGCAUUGUGACUGUUUGCACAGGGGCAAAAAGGAAACAGCAACCCUCUUUACUCUUAAAUCUGUACUAAUACUAACAUCUCUGUCCCACUCCCUCCCUCUCUCUCUCAGGCCCUGCUGUGCGCUACAAUGCAGAGUUUAACAAAAGGAUCCCAGUUAAAGGAUUAGGUGGAUUAUUAGACUUAAUGAGCGUUAAUAAUGGGGAGCCUGUUUCCAAAAUGUGAUGUCAUAUUGUUUGGUUUUUUAUGUACUCCUGAACAUCCUGUCUUUAGAUGAUAUCAAGUCAACAGUGGACCUUUAUCCAUUGCAGAGCUAUAACACAUAACAUGAGUUGAUCUGUUUUGAAUAAUCAUGCUCAGAUUAUAGACAUCACAUUUUGAGAAGAUGCUCGUCAUUCUGACUUUGUCUUUUUUUAGACAGUUUUGGACGCUGUUUUUCUGUCCCUUUUUAGCUCAAUCAAAUUUCCACUUUAUCAGCAGAGAGAUGGGCAGCAGGCUUAUUUCUGGGUGCUGCUCUGCUUUGUGGCUUUUCUCUCUUUUAACUAGGUCUCUCUUCACACAUCACUUCCUUCUUGGUGUUUAGGGGGGCACUUUAUUGCUUUUUUUCCCCCUCAAAUUGCUCAAUGAACUGAUUCUCCUCAUGUCUUAUCUAUGUGCAUACUUGUAUAAAACCUGAGUACUAAUGCCAAAAGUCAAGUAUUACUGCGAACAAGUUGUAUUUAUUAAUUCCUCUGACACUGCUUCAUCAUUUCCAUUAAUUGUCUUCAUUAAAAGCCCCACCCAGCUUAUUCAGUGUCAUACUUUCAAGUACUGCCGCAAACCAAACCGCCUCGUCUUCAUCAUCACUCAUCAGUCCACAUUGUUCACAUGUCAUGCACUAAAUACUGUCUUUUCAUCUUUGUACCUGUCUAUCUUUGUCCUCCACCUUUUCUUUUACCAUUCACUCCCAUCCACCCAUCCCUUUUAAUUUUUUCGUCCCAUCUUUGGCAUGUUUUUCAUCAUCUUUAAUUCCCAAAUAUCUGAUUAUUUUAAAAUCCUUAUCCUGAAAAAAAAAAUCCUGUUAUUUAAAAAUAUCGCCACCCCAUGUCCUACCCUAAUCAAUUACCACCCUGAACCAUUAACUCAUUAAAACCCCACCACCUGACCCCCUCACCCGCUGUCACAGACCUGCGUAUGAAGGCCAGACGAAGUAGCGUUCCCCCAUCCACUACUUUCCUCUGCCGCAUAUCAAGUGAAUCAAAUGAAUACAAAGGUACUGGGGAGGAGGGGUGUAGAUGAUACCCAGACAGGGUUAAUGUUGGCAGUGAGCUGAAACAGCUCAAUUUAAAGAUUUGAUGUCUAUAUUAUUAAGGUGGUUUUACUGAGUCCUUUUCAUUUCAUUACUCACUCCAUUGCUCUGUCUCACUUGUAUGCAUAUUUUAGAGAAAUAUUUUGGCGUGUAGUCAGGGACAUGGGUAAGAAAAUAGCAGAUUAUGCUUAAUUCUGCUUUGACUGAAUGUAGCACAGUUUUAAUGAAUUCUUUAUUUGGUUUAAUCUUUCCUGGGCUUUAUCUUCUGUCUUCACUGUAACUUAUUUUGUGUGUUUAAGUUGUUGUUUUUUUAAUGUUAUUUCAUGUUUACACUUUGGUUUUAUUUUUCAGGCUCCAACAUGCAUCACAGCAACAGCAGCUCCUCAGGUAUGGCUGAAGAAACAACCCGCGGUGUGGCUGUGGAAAAAAUAGAAAAUAUGAAGAAGUGGGGUCUUAACACUUACAAGGUACGCAGACUUGACUGACCAAGAAAAUCCCUCAGAAUCAAAAGAUUUUUUUGGGACGUCUCCAUGCCUUCAGACAGUAUAAUACAAUAACUGAGAUGAGCUGCAAUCAGUCCUAAAUGGAACUGUCUUCUUCUUUCGUGGUUUUAGUGCACAAAACAAAUGAUCUCGGAGCGUUUUGGUCGGGGUUCCCGGACUGUAGACCUGGAGCUGGAGGCCCAGAUUGAGGUGCUGAGAGACACUAAGAGGAAAUAUGAGAAUGUGCUGCGACUGGCCAGAGCGCUGACCAAUCACUUCUACAACAUGGUGCAGACGCAGCACGCGCUGGGUGACACCUUCGCCGACCUCAGCCAGAAAUCUCCCGAGCUAAGGGUGAGGCUUUUAGAGUACUUUAUGAUUUAAAGUAACAUUUUUGAUAUGAUGGUGUAGCUGUUAACUUUAUUUAGACAAAGAUUAUAGGCGUUUAUAAAUGUUCUUUAAAUUCGCAGCAUUAAUCUCUUGGUUGUCUUUAUAGGAUGAGUUUGGCUACAAUGCAGAGACACAGAAGUUGCUGUGUAAGAAUGGAGAGACUCUACUUGGUGCCAUUAACUUCUUUGUGUCAAGCAUCAACACCCUGGUCAACAAGACCAUGGAGGACACCCUGAUGACCAUCAAGAUGUAUGAAAAUGCAAGGUAAGAACAUGUAGUACAAAAAAAAAGGGUUUUCAGCUUUAUCUUGGCUCUAUUAGUUUUACUCGAUCAAUUACUGGACAGUGACUGAGAGACUGACCAAUUAGAGUGCGUUGUUGCUGCGUCCUGAGUAAUGAGUAUAGAAAUAAGGCCUUGUCUUCAGAGCCUUAAAAACUGUAUUUUUUUUCUUCCUUCUUAAACAGACUGGAGUUUGAUGCUUACCGGUCAGACCUGGAGGAGCUGAGUCUGGGUCCAAGGGAUGCUGUAGCGAUGGCCCGCAUAGAAGCUGCUCAGCAACAGUACCAGGUCCAGAAGGACAAGUAUGAACGCCUCCGCUCAGACGUCACCAUUAAGCUCAAGUUUCUGGAGGAGAAUAAGGCAAGUAAUGAGGAUGAGCCUGCGUAUUUAAAACCUGAAGAACAAAAGUGUCCAAAUGUGACUAAAUUUCUUCCUUGGACUCUCUCUUUCUCAGGUCAAAGUGAUGCACAAGCAGCUCCUCCUCUUCCAUAACGCCAUCUCAGCGUACUUUGCAGGCAACCAGCAGCAGCUGGAGCAGACGCUGAAGCAAUUCAACAUAAAGCUGAGACCCCCAGGGGCCGACAAGCCAUCCUGGUUAGAGGAGCAGUGAGAGGGUCUGCUACAGCCUCCUUCUCGACCACCUCCACCUGUUACUUGUUGAAAACCCCCUUACUUACAGAGGACCACAUGCAGAUAAAUGGGUGGAUGAAGAUGAAGAUGAAGAUGUGAGACAGGCUUGUGGCUGGAUAAUUGGACAGAUGAUAGACAGAUGUCAGAGGAUUUGACUGAUGAAAUGCAGGGUAUUAUUAAUGAAUGGGCUGAAUGCAGCAGGAAACCAAGUGGCCAGUUUCAUGAACGGUCUGGGGGCUCUUAGUGCCUCUCCCCAGCUUCCUUUUUUGUCACUCUAACCUCUUUGUGCUUUGUUCCCAGAGAAACUAUUCGUCACUACUACCCUCCCUCCUAUCCCACUAACCCUCUCUGCUGUCUCGACACUAUUUUGCUGUGUGAGCUCGUUUCAGUCAUGAUCACGGCCAUUACUUUACUCCACAAGUGCUCCCAGAGAUAA